AUGGGUUGGGGUGGUUUGUCACAGCCUUAUUCAUAUUGGGAGACAUGGUGGGGUGGAUUGGUUACUCUGCCCGUGGCUACUGUGCAUACUAGUAAGUUUUUGAUUGUAAAUUACAAAAAAGGAAAUACAAUUUGUAAUCUCAUGAAUAAUAUGUUGUUAUAAUGUUAUAGUAGUGCAUACUAUAAGGUUUUAUAUAGUUUACAUUAUAGAUGAACAAUAUAUAUCUUUAUAUUUAAUUAUAAUAUUAGGUUGUUCAGAUAAUUCUGUGCCCCUAAUUCCAAAAAUUUGUUUUGAAAAGAGGCACAAAAUUAUUUGAACAGUUUAAUAUUAUGAAGAUUUAUACCUAAACUUUCAGAUAUCUACUUAAGUUUGGCAUUAAUAAUAUUUAUGUGUAUGAUGACAAUGUAUACAGCCCAUGUACUGGGUAAAUGCUGGAAUAUAUUGCUCGACAGAUGGCCAAAAUACCGUGAACAUUGUCGCAAACCUUAUCCAGAAAUCGCUCGACGAGCUUUGGGAAAGAAGUGGAAGUAAGUCCAUAAAACAAUAGCACAUCAAUGAUAUUAUACAUAGUCUUAUACUUUUAAUUAGUUUAGAGUAGGGUAGGGGUAAAUAAUUUCGGUUUGGUAGUUUAGUUUUAUUUAAUGUACUUUAACAUGAUACUUUCCAGAUCAGCCGUCUCAAUUUGCAUUGACACAACCCAAUUUGGCAUAGCCGUUGUGUACCUACUCUUAUCAGCCAAGAACAUCCGUGAUCUCAUCUUAAUCUACGCCAAGUCAGAAAUCAGUUAUUGUUAUGUCGUUCUUAUAGUAGCCGCUUGUUUCCUACCGUGCACCUUCCUGAAAUCACCUCAAGACUUCUGGGCGGCUGUUGUCGUAGGAAUGUUCACAUCAGCUGUCUCGGCCGUUCUUAUUACUGUAGGUGGUAUCUUAGAUUACGGUACAUGUAGUGCUCAACGAACAUUACCACCGCCAAUUGCUACGAAUUACUUUUUGGCUGUAGGAACAUAUAUGUUCAGUUACUGUGGUCAUGCCGCCUUUCCUACUAUUCAACAUGACAUGAGGAGACCUAGUGACUUUCCGAAAAGUGUUAUCACUGCUUUUCUUUGUAGGUUUUUUUAUUUUGUUAUAUUACACUAGGCAAUAACGUCAGUAAUUUUAAAUUUAUUUUUAAAAAUAAAAAUUUUAAGAAUUAAAAUUUAAAAAAAUAUUUUUAGUCACAUCAAUAAUGUAUGCUCCAGUAUCAUUCAUUGGCUACAUUACCUACGGCGAUUCUAUGAAGAACUCUGUUAUCAGUAGUUUACAAAUUGACUGGAUACAACAAACUGUCAACGUACUGAUUACAAUUCACUGUAUAUUAACAUUGACUAUCGUUCUGAAUCCACUAAACCAGGAAAUUGAAGACUUUUUUAAGUGUCCUCAUGGUAUGGUUUCUAUCAUUUUUAUGUAAUAUACGGAGAUUUUGAUAACUUUUUGUUGAUUAUAAGUAAUAAUGACGCACUUUGAUUAACUUAUCUUAUGGUAUAUGUCAUACUAUAAUAUAUAGGUAGGUAUAUAUCAAUCAAUAUAGGUUUAUACUUUAUUAUAAAAGCAUGUUUCAGAAUUUGGAUUGAAAAGAAUAUCAGUAAGGACAUUGACCAUGAUUGCCGUGGUAUUUGUGGCCGAAUCGGUACCAAACUUUGGUCCUUUACUGGACUUAGUUGGGGGUAGUACUAUGACAUUAACUGGACUGGUCUGUCCUUGCUUGUUUUACCUACGAUUAAAUGCCAGCAAUGCAAAGAACAAUGGCAACAAGAAUGUGGAUCCAGAAGAUCUUACCUUCAGAGAGUAAGUUGUGACCCUUUCGUUGGAAAACACAUGACGCAAGGGCCUUACUGUUAUCGUAAUUAUCUUAGACAACGUUUUAUUAUAUUACACCUUCAUUACUGAUUGUAAAAUACGAAACUAUGAUUAAAAAACCAUUGCAAAACCCAUUCUUCAGAGUCUUAGCCAAGAACGACCCCCAAACUCGUUACAUUUGUUGCGGAAUCAUUGCCAUAGCCGCCUUCUUCGGUCUAUGUACAACAUGUUCGGCCAUCUACGCUCUGUCUGGUGCACAAUUUGUGGUACCAUGUUAUCUACAACCAUUCUUUGGUGCCGAUAAGGCAGGCGGAGUUGGAGCAGUCGACUGUUGUGGACAUUAUCAGAAUAUCACACGCAGCAACGACAUAACAUGUUCGGCACCCAACUUCGCAAUCUAUGAAGGGUUACAGUAG